AUGAUUCGCGGAUUUACUCGGCCAAGAUUAACUCCAGGAACGGGGGAUCUUGAUGGAAAAUUCGCGUCAGAUAAAUGCGUUCGGAAAGUCGGCUUGUCGAACCCUGAAUUAUUCAUACUCUUUGAUUUAAGAAGCGAAGUGUCCGAUACCGGGUUGUGUACUAUAAAAUUCUUGUACACAGUUGGAAACAUUUUAGGGCACUUGGAGCAAUCUCUUAAAAACUUAUCUCUUAUAGUCUUGAGUCUCGGACUCAGACCGUUACAUUCAAGAAACAUUAUAAUCACUAUUGUUAGUCAAUCGGAGCCUUAUCACGCCAGUGUGGCUAGAAGGCUCAAGCAAGAUAUAGAGGGCCAAGUGUUAGAGAUAGAAAAGCGUUUACCAACUGUCUACUUAACUCACGAGGACUUCCCCGUUCCCGGAGCGUGGACUAUAAUACCUCUGCUGCGUCCAUUGGUGAACAAACACAAAGGGAGUGAUGUACGAUGGGUACUCUUCGUAGAGCCUCAUACAGCGGUCGUAUGCGACAAACUUCUGGAGGCUUUAGCAAGUGCUGACAGACAGCAGGACACAAUGUGGAUAGGCUAUCCGCUGAGCGACGAGGAGCCUACCAUAAUACACCACUUUAUGUUUUACGAGGACUUGGAAGAAGAAGGUGGCUUCGUAUAUCCUAACUUUGCAAGCGGUUUCGCUAUGAGGAUGGAGUUGAUCGACACACUAAAUAAGAAAAUCGAGAGUGGUGAAAGGAAACUGGAGGCUGACUUCUCGAUAGACCCAGCGUAUGAGCUGGCGCAGCUGGUGUACGGUGACACUGGCGUGCCCGGGCCGCUGCUGACGCCCGACCUCAGCUUCUGCAUCGUGUCGGGCGAUAACUGCGCGACUUAUCCGCGCCAGUUCACCGUGUGUGGCAGUGCUAUACCGGAAGAGUCUAUAUUCUUCGCGGUGAAGACCUGGAGCGGAUUCCACUCGACCAGGGCGAAAGUUGUGAAGAAAACCUGGGGCCGGUACGUCACCAACCUGCAGUUUUACAGCGACCAAGACGAUCCUUCGCUACCUGCUAUCGACACGGGCAUACCUAACACCAAGACUGGUCACUGUUCCAAGACAUUGGCCAUAUUGAAGCAGGCUGUGAAGACAGUCGCCAAUAUGCCUCAUAUCAAGUGGAUAUUCUUGGCCGAUGACGACACUAUAUUAGGGGUUCAGCGGUUAUGCGAGGUGCUGAGUUGUUAUCGUGGUGGGUCUGAUAUCACUGUGUUGGGUGAGAGGUACGGAUACGGUUAUGGAAAAAUAGAAACUGCGGCUAAGGGUUACGACUACAUAACGGGCGGGGGCGGGACGGCGCUGAGCGUGGGCGGCGCGCGGGCGCUGGCCGCGUGCGCGUGCGCGGCGCCCGCCGCCCCCGACGACAUGACGCUGGGCGCGUGCGCCGCGCACCGCCUCCGCCUCGCGCUCACACACUCGCCGCUCAUGCACCAGGCACGCCCGCAAGAUUACCCACGCGAGGUGCUGAUGCGCGACCGUCCGGUUUCUUUCCAUCGGCACUCGUCGCCGGAUCCGGUCCGUGUGUACGCCACCUGGUUCCAACACGACGAUUUAGCUCUACGACGAAACCGCAGGGACGAACUCUAACCAAAUAAUACUAUUUUGUAUACAAAUUUUAAUGUAAAAAUUAUCUGAAUUUUUUUAUGGUAUUUCAUUUUAUUAUCGUUGAUAUCAACAAUGUUUAUUAUUUGUAAUAAUCAUAAUAAUAUAUAAAUUUCUUAAUUAUUUUAGUAAAUAAAUUGUUGAUUUAUAAAAAUAGAUAUUCGACUGAAAACAAAUGUAUCACGCUCUAACACAUGAGUCACAAAAAAAAAAUUGAGAUGUAUUUGUAUUAAGUAUGAGAGAUCGAGCUCAAGCAAUAAUAUAACCUGAAAAAGUAGUAGUGUCCUAUAUUUACUUUUUAAAUUGUACAAACUAGUCGAAGACUAAUGGACAAAGAUAAUGAAAAUAUUUUAUUGUAUAUUUUGAGAAUGCAUUUGGUACCUAAAUAGGUGCAAUAAUUACAAAAAAUAUGUUAAAAUUUGAAUUGUACUUGAUAGAAAAACGAUAUAGGUAAUAGUUUUUUUUUCCAUUUAUAAUUGUAUCCACAAAAAAGUUUACAUUUUUAAUAUAUUAAAAAUAAAGUUAAAUGUUACCAAUUAAUACAAUAUCAGAAAGCUGUGAUUUGACAGAUACUUACAAUGUUGUUAAGUUCUUCUUUUAGGUAGGUUAUAAUAAGUUAUAUCAUAUUAAUAUUCUUUUAAAAGUUAUCUCUUAUUUUUGAGUGAUUAUUUUAUGACAAGAUAUUUAAGAUUUAAGAUGCCAUUUUCGUGACAUAAAGCUCUAAUAUUCACAUUAAUGCUCAGAUUCCUAGAUGAGUUGC